CAAUCACCGAGCCUCGAAACCGGGCGGCGUCGCAUUACGCCAUGAAGCGCGGCUACGAUGAGGGUCCAGGCCGGGAGCGCGCCCGCGAGAGGUUCGGCCUCAAGGCACUGGUGCCCGACACCUUCGCCAGCUUCCUGCUCCGCGAGCGGGGCGUGGCCAAGGAGGAGCUCCAGCAGGAGUCGGGUGCUCGGGUGAUCUUCAGCAACAAGGGGGACUUUUUCCCCGGCACCGCGCUGCGCGUCCUGGGGGUCUAUGCAGAUGCGCCGGAGAAUGUGCUGCGUGGUUUGGAGCUGGUGAUGAGUCGCAUGCAGGAGCUUGCCGAGGAUGACCAGAGGCUCCGGCAGCCGCCACCAGGAUGCGAAAUGCUAGGAGAUGAAGGUGAGCUUAUCUUCAGGGUGCUUCUUUCAAGAGACCUGACGGGGCUCCUUAUCGGCAACGCGGGGGCCAACAUCAAGGAGUUACGGCGCGAAAGUGGCGCCAAGAUUGUGGUCCGCGACGAUUCAGUGGUUGGGCACCGCCUGGCCACUCUCUCGGGGUCACACGAGAGCUUGGCGGAAGCUCUGCGUCGCAUCACGGAGUUGAUGGAGAGGGAGGCCGACCGUGAGGAGUUCCAGCACUACCUGCGCCUCAUCAACUUCGGCGAGAGUGAAGGAGCUGAGCCGAGCGGCAAGGGUCGGCAUCGGCCAAGUCCUGUCGAGGCCGAGGGCUUCGAUGGCAUGCGACACUUGCAGCAGGAUUUGGAUUCCAUGCCCCCGGGGACUUCGGAGCUCUCGUACUCGGUCUGCUGUGCCCUACCAGCCUCUCUGGUGCCGGCGCUCAUUGGCCGCUCCGGGGAUUUCGUGAGGAGCAUCGAAGAGCGAACCGGCGCCAAAGUGGACAUCGCUCGCGAAGCACGAGGGAAAGACGGAUACAGGAAGAUGGAGUGUGUGGGCCCGUUGGCGAGCAUCUAUGCCGCCCACACGCUGAUGAUGCAUCGGCUUCAGGAAGUGGAGCGGGCGCCUGAGCGGCCAGCCAGGAGCGGCUUCGAUGUGGGAAGCCUGAAUCAAAGGAGGCCCGUUCCACGGCACUCGGGCUGGAGCUCGGCCAACGCCGCGCCGCUGGCGCCCACCGCGACGGAAAAGUCCCAAGCGGAGAAGCAACAGGACUUGCGCGCCACCAUCGCCGAGCUGGAGCGAAAGCUCCUGGCGGCCAGGGCGGUCUGAGGCAGAUGUGGACGACAGGGAAUGUGAGGAAGCGGCAGAACAGC